CUAAGCAAGACGUACGCGCGCGUGCCGCUUGCAUAAUACGUGAGUUUUACGUAAAAUACGCAAACGUUCAAAAUAUCACAAGUGCAAAGAACUUUGAAAACCAUAUUUAAUAAAAAAUAAAAUAAAAUAAACUAGAGUGCAGUGUUUACCGUUAAUUGCUUAUCGUUUAUUCGAUUCGAUCGCACGAUCGAUGUUCGCGUAGAGGACGCCAGCAUAUGAUGAGCCUGACUGUUGUCUCGCUGCCGCAACGUUACAAACGAAUCCUGCAAGCGAUGACACUCGCCGUUGCCGUCGUCUAUAUGACACUAUUGCUCUAUCAGAGCGCCUACGGAUAUCCGGGCCUACAACUGCCGCCGCAGUCGCAGCUGGAUGGCAAUGAACCUGCCACAACGACCACACAGCAACAGCUGCAGUCCCAGCCGCAGCCGCAGCUGCAGCUGCUACAACAUGCUUUGCCCCGCUCGCUGCCACCCACACACUCAGCCUCUUCGCUGGCCACGCCCAUAACGCCCUCGCUGAUCAUACGCAAGGACAUACACAGUUUUAACUUUAGCGACAUUGAGGUCAGCGAACGACCCGCUGCCACGCUGCUCACUGAGCUGGCGCGACGCAGUCGCAAUGGCGAGCUGCUGCACGAUCUGUCGCAGCGUGCGGUAACUGCCACGCCCCAGCCGCCCACCACGGAACUAGAUGACAUUUUCAUCAGUGUGAAGACGACGAAGAACUAUCACGAUACGCGACUGGCGCUGAUCAUCAAGACCUGGUUCCAAUUGGCGCGCGAUCAGACCUGGUUCUUCACAGACACCGACGAUCAUUACUAUCAGGAGAAGACAAAGGGACAUUUGAUAAACACGAAAUGCUCCCAGGGCCACUUUCGCAAGGCGCUGUGCUGCAAAAUGUCCGCCGAACUGGAUAUCUUUCUCGAGAGCGGCAAAAAAUGGUUCUGUCACUUCGACGAUGACAACUAUGUCAAUGUGCCCCGUUUGGUGAAACUGCUGGAUGAGUAUAGCCCCACGGUGGACUGGUAUCUGGGCAAGCCGAGCAUAUCCUCGCCGCUGGAAAUACAUCUCGAUAACAAGAACGCGACGACCAACAAGAAGAUCACCUUUUGGUUUGCCACAGGCGGCGCUGGCUUCUGCCUAAGUCGAGCUUUGACUCUGAAGAUGCUGCCCAUAGCAGGUGGCGGCAAGUUUAUUAGCAUCGGCGAUAAGAUACGCUUUCCGGACGACGUCACAAUGGGUUUCAUCAUAGAGCAUCUGCUGAAGGUGCCGUUGACUGUUGUCGAUAAUUUCCAUUCGCAUUUGGAGCCGAUGGAGCUUAUACGCUCCGAUACAUUCCAGGAUCAGGUGUCCUUCAGCUAUGCCCACAUGAAGAAUCAAUGGAAUGUGAUCAAAGUGGAUGGCUUCGAUCUGAAGACAGAUCCAAAGCGUUUCUAUUCGCUGCACUGUCAACUCUUUCCCUACUUCAGCUUCUGCCCGCCCAGAUAAAACGUAGAUCGAUAUUUAUCGGGUGUCUACCCUUGGCUGUUGCAGACGUUGCGCUCGGUUCUGAACCGAAAUUUGUUUGGCA